AUGGAUUGCACAAUUAGGUUAUUUGCGGAUGAUGCCACAAUGUAUCUGAGUGCUCAGGAUCGACAUCAAUUAGUCGGUGAUAUGAAUAGCGAUCUGAUAAAAGUGCGUAGAUAGUCAGUAAAAUGGCAGUUGCCUCUAAAUAUCGAUAAAUGUUUAUGUAUGCUAUUUACAAGAAAGUCUUCUAAUUUUAUAAUAUAUUUCGUUCUUCUUGACACAACAAUAUUAAACUCUGUCUUAGAACAUAAACUUUUAGGUGUUAUACUAUCAAAUGAUCUUACCUGGAAAGCACAUAUAAAAUACGUUUAUACAAAAUGUUCUAAAAUAUUGAAUAUGAUGAAACCAUUUAAAUAUAAAUUUUUAACAGUGGUCUCAGACCAAAUGUAUAAGUCUUUUUUUAUUCAAACAAUAACCUACGCUGAGUAUCUUUAUACAUCCACAUUCGAUAGUCACUUAACCCUUUACACCCGAAGACACUUUUAUUAUAGCUGCAGCUGAAAUAACUACUGCAUUGAAGCUUAUAGUUCUUCGGUACAUCCUUGUUAUAUCUGGACUUAAGUAAUGUUGCUGUGCUGCGUGGAUACAUGAUGUCCCUUGGAAGGGACAUACGGGUGUAACGGCACGAAUUUCGUUUUUGUUUUUUGUUUUUCCGAACUUCCUUUUUUAGUCUGGUAUACUAACUAAGUAUGAGUUUCUUUUCAAUUCUUUACUCAGUGGAAAAAUUUGAUAGAAAGAAACAUUCAGGCAUAUUUUUCUUUAAUUUUUCCAAAAACGUCGUGCCCGAACGCAUUUUUCAAAUCAAGAUGGCCCUAAGGGUGCUUCUAAACGAGCAUUUUUGAUGUUAAUGGGAGAAAAGUAUGUUCGGACAUAUCUUGCCUUUUAAAAAACUGAAGGUAGUUUAAACGCGUUUCAAUGUUAUGCAGUAUUUUAAACGCACUUAGAUGGACUUUUUAUAUCGAUCAGAGAAAACACAUUCACAUUUGUCGGCGAUGGCACAAUAGUAUUGGUUGCAUCUUUUUUCUUCAUUCACUGAUCUUCAGAUGUGUAGCGAGUGAUCACAGAAUGAUCCACGCU